GCAGCAGUCGCGUACGUCGUACUGCAGCCGUCCAGUUACUCUGGUACCGUUCUUGUGCAAUGUGUAGUCGCCACGCGUCGUCGUCGUAGUAGUCGUCGUCCGGUCGUCGCCAUCCACCACCUCUUCGCCCACCGUCAUCUCUCUCGUUUUUCUGGCCAACAGUGCGCCCGCGAAACGGACCACUUUAAACAUCAAACCGUAUGAUUUGGUCAUUCUAACGUUAUCUUAUGCGUACAGAAAACACAACAAUCCGAAGCCAUGAUCAAUUCUACUAUUAUAACGUGUGCCAAGAAAUCUACUUCUAAUAGAGAAAUCCAUCAUUAUAAUGUUGAAAUAACGCAUAAGCGGUAGCAAAAAAUACAGUUUUAGGAAUGGCUGCAUUUAUCGGAAUCGGCGUGCUGAGGCAUAUGUUAUACCGUCUGAUUUUUUGGGCGGCUAUAUUGUUAUGCCUUACACAAUUGUUGAUAACGUUAUUGAGAUCAGACCGACCAAUGGCAAUGAAAUCAAGCAACAUCAAUACCAGGAUGAUCCUACAGAAUAUGAUUGAUUUUCAUAUCGCACGGACCUCAACACCACCAUACGAGAGUCUAUUAACCGUUGAGCCGUGGGUGGAUAAGCUAUCGGUGCAAUCAGAACAGCUGAUUAUGGACCAAGUACAAAAACGGUUGCCUAAUCUACCGGUAUCGUAUUGGAACCAGAAUAAAAACAAAGCAAUGUACUACAAAAACGAGAGUUGCGCCAAGUUUCCGAGCAUAUACGAAUUAGAAUUUAACAACGUGUACUGGCAGUCGCUGCAGACGUCCAACGGGUCGUUUCACCUGUACAGUGCUUACUACGACGUACGGAAGCUGAGUAGGAUCGGACCGGCGGUCCGGAUACUGGGCAUGAUCAAUCGUAUCGAACCGACGGUCAAGACUCACUGUCAGUUUUGGUUCGACGACUACAGGCAGCCGGUUAUCGUAAAAAUCAUGGAAUACAAAUACAUUUGGUACAAAAAGUGGGGAAACUACAAACAGGGCAUAUUCCAGCCAUACCUUAUCGCAUGCCAGAUACCUAAAUCCCACCACCACGCCGUACCCGCGUCAGUGUCACUGGUGGAGAACGUAUGUGACAAGGCCACUAAUAAUUUACGUGUGGUGUACAACCGGCCAGCCACGAAAAAGGGCUUCGCGGUUUGCGUCAAAGGACUGGACUUUUUGUACGAAGACUUAUCAGUGCGGCUGGUUGAGUGGAUCGAGCUGUUGCACAUCCUGGGUGCAGAUAAGAUAUUCUUUUAUCAGCUUCAAGUGCACCCGAACAUUAGUAAGGUACUCGACCACUACGAGUCCAUAGGCCGCGUGCACGUGACACCGUUGACACUGCCCGGCGGCCAGCCAAACGUUCCUGGAUUCCAGCACUUGUACCUAACAAAAAAAGUAAAUCACAAGCGGCAAAACGAACUGAUUCCAUAUAACGAUUGCCUAUACCGAAACCUCUACUCGUACGACUAUAUAGCACUACUGGAUAUUGACGAGGUGAUAAUGCCGAUACGGACUAGGACUUGGAAGGAGCUCAUGGACACAGUGAUGGUGAAGGCUCUGGCUGCAAGGAAUGAAACCCGCGCUUCGUACAACGUCCGGAACGUUUAUUUCCUGGACGAUCUGAUCCACACACACGGUUGGUUCAAGACCAUGCCUAAGUACAUGCACAUGUUACAACACGUAUACCGAAGCAAAAACUACACGAAACCAAAUCAGUAUGUGAAAUGUUUUCACAACCCAGAAAGAGCGUUGACGCUGCAUAACCAUUUCCCGCUGGCGUGCCUAAGCCAGGGUUGCACCUCGUAUGCCAUGGAUACAGCAGACGCACAUCUGCAACAUUACCGUGCUGACUGCGUUAAGACAUUGAAGAAAACGUGUACGGAGUUUAGACAAAACAGCGUGAUUGACACGACUAUCUGGAGGUACAAAAAAGAUCUCAUAUCCAGAGUGUCGAACACGUUGUCAUCACUGGGUUUUUUCCCCGCCAUAUGACAAAAACCCAAUAGAAAAAAAGGAAAAAAAAUCUAACAUUUCUAUAAAUAGAUGAUAAUCAUUAAACUAUUUUUGUAUAAAAUAGAUAUGUGAAAAAUCGUUCCUGCACGUGCGACGAAAUUUCAUAAUAUUGUAUAGAUUAUUACGCGCGCGUUUUACCUGUAGAUAUCUUAAGUUAUUAUUAUUAUUGAAAUAGAACGUACCGUUUAUAUAUUUCCAAGUAGAUAACAAUCAAAAUGUGAAUAUUCAUUCAUCGAUGACCAAAUUAAUUUACAUACGUUGUAAAAAGACUGGACUCUAUCAUGCGAGUAGUCUCGCGAAAUUCCGAAUUGUAUACGACUUACGACUUUACGAGACUAUAUUUUUGAAUUGUUUGAAGGAAAAAAUCUAUACUUUUAUAUUUUUAUCUCGUUUUAUUUUUCCAUAGUGAACGUUGAUUGUAUCAGUCAUUUUCGAAUAUUAGAAUUUAUAAGUUUCAUACGCCAAAAGAGCGUCGACCAGAAUUUGAGAUUCCAAAAUAACUUAUGGUUACAAAACAUUAAUUUUUAUAAGCAGGUACCUAACUUCGCACUUUUUUGAAAUUUUAUAUUUCUUCAGAUCAUAUAAUAUAGAGUACACCGUUUUCGAGAUCCCUACUAUUCAUGUAUCUUUAAAGUAUUUUUAUGUUUAUACCAACUAUUAGUAGGUAGGUAACUACUUUUUACAGUUUAGUACAAUUAUACACAAGACAUUUUAUUAAUACUUGCCAAA